AUGUCCAACAAAGAUAAGAGAGAGUUUGAAUUUAUAGAACAGCCAGGCUCCCCAAGUAAACGUCCUCAAGGUUCUCGUCCAAGUUCUCGUUCAAUAAAGAUGUGGGUCCUGUUUGAGGGCGACGAAGAUGCCGAGAAGUUUGUUUUUAAAGAAGAUGAUUUUGCAAAUAUGGAUGAGUUUUCAAAAGCGGAUUUGGAUGACUUUAAGAAAGUUCUUCGCGAGCAUUAUCCUUUUCUCAAUAGUAUUGAAAAUAAACUGAUUGCGCUUUUUGAUGAAAGUCUCGAACGUCUUGAUCCAAGAACCAACCUUAGUUCCCUAGAUGUUGGCAAAGAUUCAGACACAACAAUAAUUGUUCGCUAUCCGUUGUCCCGUUUGAGCAUCAAUGUGAAUCUUAAGUUUGUGAACAACAGAAAGGAAGAGUGUAUGAUCAAGCAUACAACUGGUUCAUUUAAUAUGUUGCAAGUUGAGGCUAAAUCAAAGUUUGAGAGUUUAGCCGAUUGUAAACUGAACGACAUUUAUUUUGAACAUCAAGGGAAGGAAAUAGGAAAUGCGUAUCAUUUUGAACAUCUAGUUGAGAAAUUUAAAGAAGAGGGAAAAAAUGAACUUAGUUUAGAUCUAAAGGUUCGAAUCAGGAAUCGAAAAUCUUUUGGCGAUUGGAAGCUCGAGGAAGUUUUGAAAAAUAUUUACAAUUAUAAAAGCAGUAUGCUUGAAUUGGUGUCAGAUGAUUUCAAGUUGGAGGAUCUCCACCAAUUAUCCCCAACACUUAGCGAUGAAGAACUGAACACGAUUGUCGAGCAACUUAAAGUUAAGGAAUCUGU